CGAGAACAUUCGUUUUCGUGAGUUUGUGACAAAUUUGAAUGGUUUGAUGAACAGUACUUGGAGCUGUAAAGGAAAAUUAAUGAGUGAAUCCUUUCAAUAGUCAACACAAAAUAUUAAAACUCAUCCGCUGGAGCUCUACUUCCACUGUUCCAGUCACAUUCGUCUAUUGAUGCAACUCAAGAAAAUUCCAAUACAACAAUCAAGCACAUAAAAAAAUGAUUUCCAAGGACACCAAUGUACAACCCACUCGAACCCCACUUGUACGAAAAUCCAUUCAACUACACUCGCGAAGGGGCUCCCAAAGUCAUCCAUAUCGUCAAAUCUUUACCCAAAAGCACCGUCAGCAGUCCAAAACAUUCAUCAAAGAAAAACCACGUCAAAUACUAAGCUUCUUGAAUAGAAAAAAGCUGAACGAAUUUAUCAAACUCCUCAAAAAUGAGAAAGAUGACAUCAACUUUUUCUACCCAGCAUCAUCAUGGACUCCUAGACCAGGUACAUUAUUAGAUAUCGCUUGUAGAUCAGCUGGUAAUCAAGAAUUCGUUCGCAUUUUACUCAAUAGUGGCGCUCAAAUUGAUCUUGUUAACAAACAAACUGGCAAAGCUCCAUUGCAUGAGGCUGUACUAUCAUCUGACAAGGAAACUGUGCAAAUCUUGAGACAACAUGUUAACUGUAACGUUAAUAUCUUGGAUCAGGAGGGUAAUUCGGCUCUUCACUAUGCUGUUAGCAAAAACCAGGUCGACAUCAUACAGAUUUUGCUGCAGAAUCCUUCUUAUGAUGAUGGAGGUACUGGUCAAGAUUCUUUGGUAUCAAAUGAUGAUCAUCUGGCAAUAGAUUUCACUGAUGGAACAAGACAUCCGACAAAUCAGAAACCCAUCAAACCCAAUCAAUUGAUCGACGUUAAUGUAAUCAAUCAACUCAACCAAACACCGUUACAUUUGGCUUUAAACGAACAAAAUGGUCAAGUAAUUGACAUAUUACUUGAUCAUCCUGAUAUUGACAUUGAUGCUCAGAAAAACCUGGAUGGUCUUUCUUGUCGUCAAAUCAUCACCGAUGAGUAUCCGAAAUUGAAACCAAAAAUAUCAAACAUUCCUUUGAAAUAUGAUGGAGCUGAAAGCUUAUUUUCACUGCUGCACAAACGUGAUACAGAAUCAUUCAUCAAACAAAUUCAAUUAUCCAGACCUUCUUCAACCAUCACCAAUGGUAAGAACACAUAUUUGCAAUACGCUUGCAAAUAUGGUCUAUUUGAUGUUGCAAGAGCACUUCUUGAUGUAGGAGUAAAUCCAAACAAGUAUUCUGUGAUGGAAAAACAGACCCCAUUGAUGAUGGCAUGCUACCAAGGCUAUCAUGAAAUCGCUCUCAUGUUGCUAGACCAUCCUGGAAUUUCAUUUGACCCAAUUGAAUGCAGAACUGUGCUUCAUGCAGUAAUGACAGGAAUGGUUCAUGCACUCGGCUGUGACAAAACCAAGCCACAGGCUUCCAAAGAUGAUUGUGAUCACUAUCAAUGUUUGCGGUAUAUUCUGGAACAAGUUGUACGCAAAGGCAAAGUGGAUAUCAACUAUGCUGAUGAAAAUGGAGACACAGCAUUGCACCUGGCUGCCUUACUGAACGAUUACCAAGUGCUGAAAGAUCUUCUGGACGAAGGUGCAUAUAUUGGUCAAAAAAAUCACUCAGGGGUGGAACCUUUACUGUUGAUUUGCCCUUCUAUGUUGAAACAAUACCUGGACUCUUGCAUUUCGUUUGAAAGUCAUCCUCUGCGUGAAAACUUCAAAAUCAUCCUCAAUUACAAACUGCUGAUGCCUCCAGUGGCAUCAAAAGAUCCGGAAAUGGAAUCAUUGGCUAAAAUGAGCAACGAUCCAGACCUUAGAAAACUACUGCAGCAUCCUUUACUCAUGAGCUUCCUUGAUUUGAAGUGGCAAGCUUUUAAAAUCUACGCCUACGUUAACCUGUUCUUCUACUCUGUUUUCUGGGUAAUUUUGAACGUAUACUUUUAUUAUUAUUUCUUCGCUGUUGUUGAUGAAAAACCAAAUGAGAUCACGGAUCAUACUCGAGAGUUCCCUCAACAUCUUCAUAUCUUACGAUACCUUGCUUACCUUCUGAGUUGGAUGCUUCUACUUCGUGAGCUAUACCAAUUCCUGUUGUCACCCAAAUUGUACUUAACGUCGUUGAUCAACUAUUUGGAAAUGACAAUGGUCUCGAUCAUCGCCAUAUUCCUCACCUUCCAAGCAACAAUGGCCACUCACCUAAAUAUGGCAAAAAUACUCGCCAGUUUGGUUAUAUUCUUAUCAUGCCUAGAACUGGUGACAUUGGUAGGAAGACUACCAAUGUUUUCCAGUAAUCUAACCUUACUAAGGACUGUACUGGCAAGUUGCUUGAAAUUCAUCGCUUGGUAUUCCAUAAUCUUAUUCGGAUGUGCUUACAGUUUACAUAUUUUAACCAUCGUGUCGACUCCGGACCCUUUGGAUGCUCUCCAUCAACCAAUCACAUUUUUCUACAACGCUUCUCUGAUGCUGACUGGAAGCUUUAAUGCUCCAACAAUCACAGAUGAUGCUUCGUUGAAAUUGUACAACUUUAUUUUCUUAUCAGUCAUCUUUCUAGCGCCAAUAAUCAAUGGUAUAGCUUUGGGAGGCAUCAACCAAGUUGAAGAAGAAGUGGAGCUGCUGGGUACAAUAUCUCGGAUCAAGUCCACCUUUAGUACAGAAAGUAUGGUCAACAAUGACGCGUGUGGAUUACUCCAAGGAAUAGAUAAGCUGGUACGAUGGUUUCUUCACAAGUCAAAAUUAUCAUCACAUGUGCAUGAGUAUAGUAGAUACAGCAUAGUGAGUGACAAGCAACACAAGCAGAUGUUCUAUAGACGUAUAAAGUUGGCUGAUUAUAUUCGACCAAGCUGUAAAAUUGCAGUGUCACCCAAGCAACACAAUGUGGUGCUGUUACCAAUAGUGACAUCAGAAGAUGGAUCGCUGCAGCAUGAAGAGCACCGUUCUCAUUUUGAGAAAACUGCUUGGGUUAUUGAUUCGGAUAUUGUUCAGGAUAUGGAGAGUAUUUUGGAGAAACGAAUGUAUCCUGAUGAUGAUGAUGAUUUUGAUCAAGAGAAAUACGAAAAGGAAUUGAUGCAAUUAGGACUGAGACUUCAGGCUGUUGAAAAUUCGGUUGAAAAUGUCGAAAAAUCCAUACAGAGUUUGAUAUCGAUUGUGAAAUCAAAAUAUGAGUAAAGAAUCAUAAUUAUGUAGGUAGGUCAUUGUAAUAUAAUUGUAUUAUGCUAAAAGUUGUUGUGGUGAUAAUUUUCCCCUUUUUUCAAAAAUUUUGGGAAGUUGGCUCGAAAAUGUUGAAAAUGUGGUUUUUGGGGCAUAUCUUCCCCUGUAUGGGACUAAAUGAGGGAAAAAUGGCCUUAGUCAAUUUUUUUUUGUUUUUCUGAUUUUCACAAUACUGAAUAGGUAUCUAUAUUUAAUUUUUUUUUAAUAAUUCCACUAUCAGUAAUAUUAAAGUGAUUUUCUAUGAAAAAAAAACGAAUUGGAAAAUUUUUGCUUAUAGAAAAAAAAUUCAAGUCCAUUUGAACUUGUAAAAAUCAGUUCAAAAAAAUCACCAAGGCCCCUUUUCCAUGAAGCUCCUCAAUUCUCUUCAAAUUUUGGGAUUCGAUUCAAAAUGAGACAUUUUCUCAAAAUUUUAUUAUAGGUAUUGAUUUUAGCACCCCCUGGUCGGUGAGCCCACCUAAGGAUAAAUUGCACCCCCCCCCCGUCGAUCCUCCGGGACAACUUUUUUCUUAAAGGGAGAGUCCUAAGGAACAUUUCUAGCCCUUGUACUCAAAAAAAAGUGGCCCCACUUACAAAAUGGCGGCCAUUUUGAUUCACAGGUCAGCCGAAAUCGCAGAUUUUGCGUUCCAACAUAGGACUUGCACAACAUUUAUCAAACUGUACAAAAGUAGAUCGAAAGAUCAAGCAAAAAUUCAUCACCUGUCAAAAUUUCAAGUGCCAAAGUGCGUUUUUUGAUUUUUGGUAAAUUUUUGAAAAUCAAAUUUAGGCCAAAAAUGAGGGGAAAAAUCAAAAUUUUACCAAAUUGACCAAAAAAGCUCAAAUUUGGGAUACACCCUAUUUUCGACAUGCCAAAUCGAUUGGAAACUGUUUCAAACCGUUUUGAGCAGUUCUGGAGCCUCCAGUAGAUUUUUUAAACUCGAAAUUCCCCCAACAUUUCACCAAAAUGGAGUUGGAAAGCUGAAAUUCAUUCUGCAAACUAAUUUCAAUACGCUAGGAAGUCAACUGCAGGGGGAUUUCAAGUCAUUUUGGAGCCUCCGGCGACUUUUUGAAAAUUCCUGGAGCCUCCAUCAGAUUUUUGAAACUUUAAAUUUUCACACAAUUUCAUCAAAUGCAGAUGGAAAGCUGAAAUUUACUCUACGUUCCAAUUUUAACAAUCUUUGAAGACGACUACAGGUGGGUUCAAAUCAUUUUGGAGCCCCCAGCGCAUUUUUGAAAAUUUGCUUGAGCCUCCAGUAGAUUUUUGAAACUUGACAUUCCCGCAACAUUUUACCAAAUGGAGUUAGCAAGCUGAAAUUUACUUCGCAAACUAAUUUCAAUACGAUAUGAAGUCGACUACAUAGUGGUUUCAAAUAGUUUUAAAUGGUUUUGAAGCUUCCAGCUACUUCUUGGAAAUUUCAAUUUUCCAAAAAACACCAUAAGACCUCUCAAAUAGUGGCUGGAGGCUCCAAAACGACUUGAAAUCCACCAGCAGACGACUUUGUAGCGUAUUAAAAUUAGUUUGCAGAAUGAAUUUUGACUUUCUAUCUCCGUUUGAUGAAAUUUUUAGGAAAUUUAAAGUUUCAAAAAUCUACUGGAGGCUCCAGGAAUUUUCAAAAAGUCGCCCGGUUUGAAACAGUUUCCAAUCGAUUUGGCAUGUCGAAAAUAGGGUGCAUCCCAAAUUUCAGCUUUUUUGGUCAAUUUGGUAGAAUUUUGAUUUUAUCCCUCAUUUUUGGACUAAAUUUGAUUUUCAAAAAUUCAUCAAUAUUCGAAAAACGCACUUUGGCACUUGAUAUUCUGACAGGUGAUGAAUUUUUGCUUGAUCUUUUGAUCUACCUUUGCACAGUUUGAAAAAUUUUGUGCAAGUCCUAUAUUGGAACACAAAAUCUGCGAUUUCGGUGAUCUGUCAAUCAAAAUGGCCGAUAUUUUGUAAGUAGGGCCACUUUUUUUUUAGUACAAGGGCUAGAAAUGUUCCUUAGGACUCCCCCUUUAAGAAAUAAGUUGUGCCGGAGGAUCGACGAGGGGGUGCAAUUUAUCCUUAAGUGGGCUCCCCGACUACCCCCUUUCUCCAAAUUUUGGGCCCUUAAAAUCAAAAUUUGCCCAUCGCUAUAUUUUCUAGGUAUAAUAGGGGCUGAAUCCGAGUCUGCUGAACUUUUUUUUUGUAGCUUUAUUACUAAUAAAAUGAUAAGUAUGCACUAAUUUAGACGAAGCACUCACUCAAUUUAUGAGUAAAUGCGUUAGUUCAAU